AUGUUAAAUAGGCUUACAUAUCAACGAAAAAAAUUAAGGUUGGAUAUGAAGUUGAUUUGUCGUUCAAAGGGAGACUGCGUAAUUGAUCAAAAAACUCGAAAACGUUGUAAAGCGUGUCGACUUAAAAAAUGUGAAUUAAAUGGGAUGCGAAAAGAUUGGAUACUCAGCGACGAAGAGAAAUUUGAAAAACGAAAAAAAAUUGAAAAAAAUCGACGAAUGAGAGACAGUGAAGAGCAGAAAAGUAAUUAUGAUACAUCGACAAUUCGAGAAGAUAUUAGACAAAGCAUCUAUGAUGACAAUUUUAUAAUGAUGCGAUGUAAAUUAAUUAAAUAUGCUGAUAAAACACGUAGUUUCUAUCGAUUUAAUAUAAAUGAUUGGGAUACGCUGAGUCAAAUUCAAAUGGCCUAUUAUCAGUCUGUUCAACUUCAUCCGGUCGUCGGUAUGCCAUCUUAUCCGUUUGUUUGCAAAUUAUACGAUCCAUUAGUUGUUGUAAAUGUGCCAAUGAAUAUUGCAGCUAUAAGAUUGAUUGCCUUUUAUAAAUCGAUACCAGAAUUCUUGAAUUUAUGUGAAGAUGAUAAACUAAUUUUAAUUAAAUAUAAUCUAUUAGGUCUAAUAAUUAUUCGUAGUGUUAUGGGAUAUAAUCCUGUUGAUGACACUUAUCGAGACGAUUAUGCCAACGAUUGUUCAUACACUGGAAAGCAAGCUAUUGGAAAUUCUGACUAUGAUCUCUACACUCGAUAUACACAUGUGAUAUUAUCAUACAUGGGCAUUAUUGACAAUGAUCGUUUAAUACUUAAAAUUAUACUUAUUCUUUUUCUAUUUUCAAAAGGAUCUGCACUGAGAACAUCUGGUAAUGAACCAAUAUUACAAGAUUCUCGACGAGUAUUUCAUGCACAAAACGUCUAUCUUGAUAUAUUGUGGAAAUAUUAUGUACAGCAGUGGGGAGAUAUACAUGCAACAAAAAUGUUUAUAAAAUUAAUUCAUCAAUUCAUGAUCACUCACUGUUUGAUAAAUGAUCUUCAACAGUACUACUACAAUAGAGCUGUUAAAUCUGAUGAACUUGCUCCACUGAUGGAAUCAAUUAUGCAUAUUGCAUCACAGGAGUAG